AGACGCACCACAAACACGACCCGGAUUGAAGCUGGCUUGCCCAUCCGCUUUCGGUCAUCUGCGGCCUCUGUGUUAAAGUCAAACUCUUGCGACUCGAAAAAAGCAAACGGAGGAGGCACACACUACAGUUUUUUUUCUUACUGCAAAACCAAUGUCUGAGACGAUCGAUCAGAUAUUGCUCAACUGGCUUGAGCAGACUCCUGGCGUGCCACGGCGCGAGCGCCAAGCCCUGCUGCUGAAGGAACUGAUGGCUGUGCACACACUGCGCAAUCUCGCAGCACAUGAAGACACCGUGAUGGACCAGAUGGGCCCAUCCAGCAAUGACGAUACUAGUAAACUCGAUCAAGCUGCGGUCAGCGCGCUUGCGGAGCGCGAGAAGAAGCUUUGUGGAGCGCUGCGUAACACGUUAGUGGAAAUUGUUGACGUCGCCGAAGCUCGGCGCACGGCGGAGUGCCUCACCGUCUCCACCGAUCUCAAUGUUUUGUACGGCGCACUGGACGCCCACUGUGUUAUGUCGCUGCGUGUCAUGGGUGACGGUUCGCGGCAGCCGGCGCAACUGCUUCGCGGGGUCGACGACAUCAUCAACGAACUCAGCGAGUUUCAGGAAACCGUCCUGCUUUUGCGCGUCGACUUGUCGACGUCGCCGGUGCGCUCGCACAACAGCAACCACGCCGUCGCGCAGUCCAUAACCGUACGAGGUGUGUCGCCGGUGCAAAGCUGGCUCGUGCAGUGUGACGUGGAGCUGGAAGUCGGAACGCAGGUUACCUACUAUGCGGAUGCGGACUGCACGAAGGCGCUGUUCGACCUGCGCAGCUCGCUGUUAUUUUCGGCGGAUGGCGCGAAGGUGGAGCGCAUCUCGCGCGAGCUGUUGCCGCGAGGUGGGCAUCAUUUAGGUGAUCUGCUCCGGUGUCUCCACUUUGGUUGUUUUCAGGCGUAA